CGUUUUGUAAAAUUGAAGCUUUGCUCAUAUCAGCACUAUUUCACGAAUCAACGCUUUCCUUGGUGCUAAUUGCUCUAGAUCGGUAUUGCUCAGUACACCACUAUCUACGAUACAACAGCAUUAUGACGUCACGAAAAUACGUCAUCGCCAUUCUGAUCACCUAUGGAUCUAUAUUUACGGCAGCAAAUCGCAAAGAAGCGAUUCGAGUUUAUGGCAGAAAUGGCAGAUUUUCUGGCAAUCGAAAUCACGCCGUGUCUCAGAUCCUGCGCACAUCAAAAUACCUGGCGGCCAUAACGAUGGGUUUCUUUUUGGCCGUUACGCCGUGGACAUUGUGCACGUUCGUCAUAGCCGUUGUUGACAUCAAAUUGGACGAAGACGUCGACUUUGCUGUCACGUGGGUAGCCAUCAGCAACAGCUUUUGGAACGUAUUCAUUUACAGUGUUAUGAAUCGGAAAUUCAGAUUAGCCGCUUUGUCCUUGGCGAGAGGUAAGACUUUGCGGAAUGGCGGCUUCCAAAUGAAGCAACAAACUUUCAGAACGGAUUCCCAUUCAUUCAGUCAGGACGCGCAUGCGUCCACGAGUAAAGAUCACGUGACAUCAGCACAAAAGUUCGCGUCACGUUGUGCUUCCAUUCACAGCGUCGCUGAUUCUGUGAUAGUUGAGUCGUCGCUAGAUCAUUGAUAAACAAUAACAUGUUUAUUCGCUUCCCCAUAAUAAGCAUCCUGGUAUUACACUAGUAUGCAAAUAAUGAACAUUCAAUGUAUACUACA